AGACAACAGCGGCGACAAAACCAUCGACAGUGCCAAUUAAACCGACCACCGUAUCGCCAAAGCCGAAUACGACACUCCCGACUACGACACGGCCGACUUUAGUGCCAACACAGUCAACUACCACAACCACAAAGCCCUCAAAGCCAUCUGCGACAUUUUAUCUAUCUGCGGCGAAGGCAAGUGGCGAGAAUAGUCUACUCAUUUCAGUUGACUCAAAUAAGAUUUUAAAUAUAUUUUAGGCGAAUUGGUUUGGCGCAAAUGUGUAUUGUCAACGAAAUAACUCAAGACUAGUCGUUUUGAACUCGGCCGAAAUGCAGAGAGAACUCGAGGAAUUUCUUGACCAACAUAAUUUACGUAACCAACCCUUUUGGACAGCCGGCAAUCAGUUAAUUGAUAUGAAGACAUGGCGUUGGGGCAUUGAUGGACCGCUUAUCGAAUAUGCACACUGGUCAAAAGGUCAACCAGAUAAUUAUAAAAAUAGUCAACAUUGUAUAAAAUUAUUUGCUAAAAGUUUCCAAUGGGAUGAUGAUAAUUGCGAAAGAAUUUUAGAUUUUGUAU